UGCUAAUAUUAACAGUUGACUCACUGAGGCUGGGGAGCUGAGAGCAUUCUAGAAACUUGCUUUUGACUAUAUAAGCAAAGGGUUGGAGUCAGUUUAGGUGUGACUUUUUGGAAGAAUCAAGAGGACAGACCAGCUUCAAGCGACAUCUACUUUAGAGGACUCGACUGAGAUCCUUCAGGCGAUUAAAGGAGUUUUCAGAUAUAGAGUACAAAACCAAAAUAACCAAGAUGUCUUCAGCGAAGGGAAUAUCAAUAGGCAUUGAUUUGGGCACCACCUACUCCUGUGUGGGUGUAUUCCAGCAUGGCAAAGUGGAGAUUAUCGCAAAUGACCAGGGAAACCGGACCACACCGAGCUAUGUGGCUUUCAACGAUUCAGAGAGGCUCAUUGGAGAUGCGGCGAAAAACCAGGUGGCCAUGAACCCUUCCAACACAAUCUUCGAUGCCAAGCGCUUAAUUGGUAGAAAGUUUGAUGACCAAAUUGUGCAGGCUGACAUGAAGCUGUGGCCUUUCAAGGUCAUCAGCGAUAACGGAAAGCCCAAAGUCCAAGUGGAGUACAAGGGGGAGACCAAGGAUUUCUUCCCAGAAGAGAUCUCCUCUAUGGUUCUGGUCAAAAUGAAGGAGAUAGCUGAGGCCUACUUGGGGCAACGGGUGUCUAAUGCAGUCAUCACCGUCCCAGCUUACUUUAAUGACUCCCAGAGGCAAGCUACCAAGGAUGCCGGGGUUAUUUCAGGCCUGAAUGUGCUACGGAUCAUCAAUGAGCCGACAGCAGCGGCCAUCGCCUAUGGUCUUGACAAAGCCAAAAAAGAAGAGAGAAAUGUCCUAAUCUUUGACCUGGGUGGAGGUACCUUCGACGUGUCCGUCCUCACCAUUGAGGAUGGCAUCUUCGAGGUAAAGUCCACCGCAGGAGACACGCAUCUGGGCGGGGAGGACUUUGACAACCGCAUGGUGCAACACUUUGUCGAAGAAUUCAAGAGAAAACACAAGAAGGACAUCAGCCAAAAUAAGAGAGCAGUGAGACGGCUUCGUACUGCAUGUGAAAGAGCCAAGAGAACCUUGUCCUCUAGCUCGCAGGCAAGCAUCGAAAUCGACUCUCUCUUUGAAGGCAUUGACUUUUACACCUCCAUUACAAGGGCCCGCUUCGAGGAGCUCAACUCUGAGCUCUUCAGGGGAACGCUGGAUCCGGUGGAGAAAUCCCUGCGUGACGCCAAGCUAGAAAAGGGGCAGAUCCAGGAAAUUGUCCUUGUCGGCGGCUCCACCAGAAUCCCUAAGAUCCAGAAGCUCUUGCAGGAUUUCUUCAACGGCAGAGAACUGAACAAGAGCAUCAACCCGGAUGAGGCCGUGGCCUAUGGGGCCGCGGUCCAGGCGGCUAUCCUCAUGGGGGACACUUCGGGAAAUGUCCAGGACUUGCUCCUGCUUGACGUGGCUCCCCUGUCCCUGGGCAUAGAGACCGCCGGUGGGGUUAUGGCCACUCUCAUCAAGCGUAACACCACCAUCCCCACCAAGCAGACCCAGGUCUUCUCCACGUACUCUGACAACCAGCCGGGGGUUCUGGUCCAGGUGUAUGAGGGCGAGAGGGCCAUGACUAAAGACAACAACCUCCUCGGGAAGUUUGACCUGACUGGCAUCCCCCCUGCACCGAGGGGGGUGCCUCAGGUGGAGGUGACCUUUGACAUUGACGCCAACGGCAUUCUGAACGUAUCUGCGGUGGACAAAAGCACUGGAAAAGAGAACAAGAUCACCAUCACGAACGAUAAGGGCCGCCUGAGCAAAGAGGAUAUCGAGCGGAUGGUGCAGGACGCAGAUAAGUACAAGGCAGAGGACGACGUUCAGAGAGAGAAAGUAACAGCCAAGAACGGCCUGGAGUCCUAUGCCUACAGCAUGAGGAGCAGCGUGGAGGACGAGAACCUGAAAGGGAAGAUAAGCGAGGAGGACAGAAAGAAGGUCAUCGAAAAGUGCAACCAGACUAUCUCCUGGCUAGAGAACAACCAGCUGGCAGAGAAGGAAGAGUACCAGCACCAGCAGAAGGAACUGGAGAAAGUGUGCAACCCUGUCGUUUCAAAUCUGUACCAGGGGGGAGCCUCAGCAGGAGGCAGCUGUGGGGGACAGGAGGGAGCCAGUUCAAAGGGCCCCACCAUUGAGGAAGUAGACUAGUUGAAGGGCCUUUAAAUGAACCACACAUGUAGGCCUAAUGUUUCAGCAAUGGUAGGACUGUUGAUGACACUUCUUAUUCUUUUCAAUGUGUAUUUUCUGCUUUGAUUAUCCUAAUAAAACCAACACAAACUAA